GACGUCAUACUGUGGUCGCUUUACCUGGAGACGGAAUUGGACCGGAAAUGAUUGAUCAUAUUAAAACGAUAUUCCACUUCAGUCAUGUAGUCUCUUCCGACUUGGUGCAUGGAGAUCUGGAGGCAGCUAUAAAGGCGAUAGAAAGGAAUGGAGUUGCAAUUAAGGGUAAUAUCGAGACAAAGCACGAUGAUCCGAGCUUCAAAUCAAGAAAUGUAGAGCUUCGCACCAGAUUAGACUUGUACGCCAACAUUCUACAUUGUGUCAGCAUCCCCACUAUACCGACACGACACAAGAACAUCGAUAUAGUACUGAUCCGCGAAAACACUGAGGGAGAGUACUCCGGCCUCGAGCACGAAACUCUUCCAGGAAUUGUGGAGAGUAUCAAGGUGGCGAAAGAGAUGGCAAAGGCAGACUACCCUCAAAUCGAGUUUGAAGCCAUGAUUGUUGACAAUGCAUGUAUGCAAAUGGUAGGUCGUCGUCUACAUAAGUUUACAACCCGUUCCUUAAGAGCUGAAAGCAUGUCCACCCAUAUGAGUUUGUCCGCAUUUCCUUGCUACUUCGAGCAGGAGUUUUCCAUCCAGCCUGAUAAAGUUCUGCUUGAAAAGGAUCGCCUUUUGAGGACUCAAAUAACUUUGCAGGGAACGCGAAAUACAGGAACAUCGUUGGCUGGUAAAGAUCUCGCUAAUCCAACAGCAUUCAUUAGGGCUAGUGUUGACAUGUUAAGGUAUUAUUCUGCGGUAAUCAGUGAAACUAGAAUGACGCAACACUCUUUAAGAUAUCUUGGCUGCGAUAAACACGCUAAUAUGAUCUCGGAUGCUUUGUGGAAAACACUGGUCGAGCAAAAGGUUCACACUAGAGACGUCGGAGGCACACAUAAGGCGUCUGAAGUGGUGAAGAUAACUCUCGAAAACAUCGAUAACAUGAUGCGACAGUUACGAUAGAA